AUGCGUUCAACAAUCGCAUUCAUGAAUUUGAAAUCCUUCUUCACCACAUUUUUACGUCGGCAUUUUCCAAAUGAAACAACCCGGCAUGUCCCUCCUGAAAUGCUCUUAAAAAACGUGUUGAAGGAAAACAAGUGGAAUUUAGGUGACCUUUGCAAACCCACUUCUAUUCUUGACAUGUGCAGUUCUGCUAAAACCCCUCAUUUCAUUGUUUCUCAUGAAGCUUAUUAUCAAUUAGCUUUAGCAUUCGCAUCAAUAGCGACUUGUAAUUUAUCCUCAUCACUGGUGACCCUUUCAGAGCACUCGUCAAUUAUUUGCAUAGAGAUAUGCAAACAACUGGCAGUGGCAUCGUUUCUGCAUUUGCUAAAGGAAAGUGACUUUUUGAUCUUUGCAAACAGUCUAGCGAUGAAAUGGAAGCACAUUACUUUUUCAUAUUAUUCAAAUUCAGAAAGAAUUAGGAUUGGCAAAGUUUGCAUCAAUGGAAUCCUUCCAAGUUUCAAACAAUUAAUAUCAAAGACGAGCUCAGCUUCUUAUAUUCCCCAAAGCGGAUACUUCGCCUAUGAUAAAAUGGGUUAUUAUCCACUCUCGUUUUGUUCUAGUAAACGAGGGUUAUUCUCCGUGAGCUCAUUCUGGCUAAAGUUUAUUUUACAGAUCAUCCUAUUUAAACACGAAGUGUUCACGAUUUUUAAUAAGAAUGUAACAGUGGAAAACGUCAGAAAUGGGAAUUUAUACGUUACUUCAUUGGUUUAUUUUAAAAGCAAAGCAGUCGUAGAGCUGUCACUUACAACACUCAAAAAUAAGCUUCAAAGAGCACAAAUAAAACCACACAAGCGCAAUUAA